AUGCCAGUUGUCACAAUAACUACUCUUUUUAUUUGUCUCUUGCAGCCCUCCUAUUGCGAUUCCAUUCUGAUUUUUGUUUUUCUGCGAUGCGAGACUUUGCCUCAUGGUGUUGGUGUUGGUGUAUGGUGCGACUCGUCUUCCCGACUUUUCUUCUUUUCUCUGUUAAAUCACUUUUCCUGCGAGCGGAUGGGGAUGGCAACCAUGGCAACUGUACGAUUCAAGACCUCAUAG